CGGGGCGACGGGCGGGGCGGCCGGAGCAGCGAUGCCGGUGACCGUGGGCCCGUACGGGCAGUCGCAGCCCAGCUGCUUUGACAGGGUGAAGAUGGGAUUCGUGAUGGGCUUUGCCGUGGGCAUGGCUGCCGGGGCGCUGUUCGGCACCUUCUCCUGCCUCAGGAUUGGCAUGAGAGGACGAGAGCUGAUGGGUGGAGUCGGCAAAACGAUGAUGCAGAGCGGAGGGACGUUUGGGACAUUCAUGGCUAUUGGGAUGGGAAUCCGCUGCUAACCUGGAGCUUGGGCUUCCUGCCCAUCCAGCCAUUCCUCCUCUGUACCAUAAUAAAAUCUUUAGACACCUGGAAGUGAGAGCUCUGCCUGAAGCAGCGAAGCUCCACCCUCGCUCUCCAGGUUGUAAACAUGCUUUUUACCAAAUUUCUACUUUCCUCUCAUCUCUUACCCCCGUGACAAUGAGAAUUAAUAACCCUUUGUACUGCAUUAAAGUUCCUCUUUCCCAGGUCUAUGCACAGA